AUGGGCAUCUUGCUCAAGCAGCCCGAGGGGACUGCAGGAAAGGCAUGGCCAGCCAUUCUAAUCAGUGGUUUCGUCGCAUUUGGAGGAAUUCUCUUCGGCUACGAUACAGGCACAAUCAGUGGCAUUCUCGCCAUGCCAUAUUGGGAUAAGACAUUCUCAACAGGCUUCAGAGACUCUGAUGGCAACCUCUCAGUCACUUCUAGCCAAUCUUCAGCCAUUGUGUCUAUUCUAUCAGCUGGUACCUUCUUUGGUGCCCUCAGUGCUGCCCCUAUGGGUGAUGUGAUUGGUCGUCGUUGGGGAUUGAUCGCUUCGACUGGUGUCUUUACGCUCGGAGUCGCCUUCCAGACUGCUGCGACUGCGAUUCCUCUUUUCCUUGCGGGUCGUUUCUUCGCAGGCUUUGGUGUUGGUUUGAUUUCGGCACUGAUCCCCCUCUACCAAUCCGAGACGGCGCCCAAAUGGAUCCGCGGCUUUAUCGUCGGCUCAUACCAGUUCGCCAUUACGGUCGGUCUCCUGUUGGCCGCUGUCGUGAACAAUGCCACCCACGACCGUGAUGACACCGGCUCUUACCGCAUCCCAAUCGCAGUCCAGUUCGCGUGGGCCAUCAUCCUUGUGGUCGGCAUGCUCAUCCUCCCCGAAACCCCCCGCUACCUAAUCAAGCGAGACGAUCACGAAGGUGCCGUCAAGAGUCUUGCCAAGCUCCGACGUCUCCCUGGAGAUGAUCCCGCUUUGCUCGCAGAACUUGCCGAGAUCCAGGCAAACCACGAGUACGAGAUGAGCAUUGGAAGCGCCGGCUAUGUCGAAUGUUUCAAGGGAAAUCUUGGAAAGCGCCUUCUGACUGGAUGCCUGCUCCAAGGUCUCCAGCAAUUGACUGGUAUCAAUUUUAUUUUCUACUAUGGGACGCAGUUUUUCAAGAAUUCUGGGUUCAAGAAUGAGUUUGUUAUUAGUUUGAUUACCAGCUGUGUCAAUGUGGGCUCUACUAUUCCCGGUCUGUAUGCUAUUGACAAGUGGGGAAGACGUCCUGUGCUGCUCAUGGGUGCUAUUGGUAUGACGGUGUCUCAACUUCUUGUUGCUGUGCUCGGAACUACUACGACCAGUCAGGAUGCCCUUGGAAACAUCAUUGUCCACAACGAAGCUGCGCAGAAGGCGGCCAUCGCGUUCAUUUGCAUCUACAUUUUCUUCUUUGCUGCUUCUUGGGGACCAAUUGCCUGGGUCGUCACUGGAGAAAUCUUCCCCCUCAAGGUCCGAGCCAAGUCCCUUUCCAUGACCACCGCUACCAACUGGCUCCUCAACUGGGCACUGAGCUUCGCAACCCCGUACCUGGUCAACUACGGACCCGGCAACGCGAACCUACAAUCGAAGAUCUUCUUCAUCUGGUUCGGCUGCUGCUUCCUCUGCAUUACUUUCGUGUACACCAUGAUCUACGAGACCAAGGGGUUGACCUUGGAGGAAGUUGAUGAGCUGUAUAAUGAGAUCAGUUCUGCCAGGAAGAGUGUUGGCUGGAAGCCGACCAUUACCUGGACUGAGAAGAAGGAGAUUUCGAAUGCACUUGGAGAGAAGGGCCCGGCUGAUGAACACAAGGAGUUCCACGAGCCGGGGAUUGCUCAUGUUUAA